AAAAGAAAGAAGACUUUUACACGUUACAGGUGCAUGGCCACUGUUUUCUCUCUCGCGCUCUGUAUUAUUUACCUUCUUUCUUCGCAGGGGCAUGGCACGAGUCAUUUGUUUGCUAAGGAGUGAGGUGGGGAGAUGGAUCUGGCAUUGGGGCGGUUGGUUGGUUGGUUGGUUGAUUCACUUUGCUGAUCUAGAGUUUGUCGAUCAAAUGGAUCGUGAUAGUUGUAGAACAGGCAAGCAACCGAAGGAGUGUUCAAGAUGGCUGGCUGUAUCGCUGUGGUGAAAGGAUAUCUGUUGCUAGGGUUUGCUAUACAGAAAGCGGUAUGCGGGAGAGUAUCUCUUUGGCAGUCGGUGCGAGAUAGUGCCUUGUUCCGUCGUACGCAUAUGGCACAAAAAUGCCAUCAUGAGCAACCUGUAUUGUACGGAGGGAUUUCAGGAGUUCUCGGACUGACUGGUUAUCCCAAUCCGGCGGACUCUUACACUGAGCAUGGCAAACUGUUAUAUGAUAACGCUCAGGUAGCAUGUCAAGCCUCAGUUCCAUGCAUGGGACGUGUCUUAAAUUGUGGGCAUCUUGUCAUUCACUACUUGAGAUAGAUGAGUUGUAUCGUAUAUCCCUUAGUAUGGGGACGUUGAAGGUCC